UUCGGUCUUUACUCCUGCGGCUUAUUCGAAAGGGACAGGGUUUCUGCUGUCGGUCGGAGGGGGGAAUGACGCGCCGGGUCGGGGUGUUAGAGACGGAGCCUUGAGUGCAGAUUCCGCCAGAUGGGUUCGGGAACUGCGGGCCAGGCCCAGACCUGGAUUGUGUUUGUCGCCACCUUUAACUGUGCCCGCAGAGAUUAGGGGGUUACUGCUCCCCACUUCCAGCGAUUCUUGCCGCCUCCUGCUUCCGCGUCGUAACUGGGCUUUCAGACUUUGGGUCUCCCUCCGCAGCCUCCGUUUCGAAAGUCCUCAUCACACCUGUAGCUCUCCUUCAUUGAGCAGUGCUUUUUCAAAAGUUUGACUCCUGGCCAGGUGCAGUGGCUCACGCCUGUAAUCCCAGCUACUCGGUAGGCUGAGGCCGGAGAAUCGCUGGAACCCGGGAGGCAGAGGUUGCAUUUAGCCUAGAUCGCGCCACUGCAUUCCAGCCUGGGAGACAGAGCGAGACCCCGUCUCAAACAAACAAGAAUGAAAUGGUUGCUGAACCCCAAAAGCACAGUUUGGACGGUGAUGAUUCACAAGAUUAAUUUUAAGGUCACUACAGAACUUCUCCAUCUUCUCUGCUGUUAUCUGAAAUAUAACUAAGUCCUUGCCUGACAAGAACAAUAUCUGAGCCACCUGUGGUUUGGUUCUAUUGCCAUUUUUUUUCCAAUCAGUUUUGGCAUUUUAAAAAUUACUUUUGGUCCAUAAAUUAUUACUGGAUUCUGGACAUUUUGGAUGAACAUUAUUAGCAUCUGGAUGUACUUCCUUCAGAGCAGGGCCAGGCACAGUGGCUCACACCCGUCAUUCCAGCACUUUGGGAGGCUGAGAUGAGAGGAUCACUUGAGCCCAGGAGAUCGAGAUCAGCCUGGACAACAUGGAAUCUGGAAACUGUUCUUCAGGAAGAAAUCCAUUAGUUUGGAACUGGAGGAUUCCUUUGCAUCAGAUACUGAAAUGAAAGAACCAUUGUUAGAUGGUGAAUGUGACAAGGCAGAGGCAUCACAACUGGGGCUGCUAGAUGAAAUUAAGGCAGAACCCGACAAUGUUCAAGAGUUUUGUCACACCCAACAGUCCAGAACUCAGGAGAAUGAACUGAAAAUAAACUCUGUGUUUUCAGAGAAUGCUUCACAGUUGACUGCAGAUGUUCAGCUUUCCCUGGCAUCAUCUGGCAUGAAUAAAAUGCUUCCUUCAGUUUCAACCACAGCUAUUCAGGUUUCCUGUUCCGGUUGUAAAAAAAGUCUCCAGAAGGGGGAAACUGCUUAUCAGAGGAAAGGAUCUACUCAGCUUUUCUGCUCCAUACCAUGCAUCACUGAAUACAUUUUAUCUGCCAGUUCACCAGUUCCUUCUAAGAGAACUUGUUCAAACUGCUCAAAAGACAUUUUAAAUCCAAAGGAUGUGAUCAGUGUCCAGCUGGAAGAUGCUGCCUCUUGCAAAACUUUUUGCAGCCUAUCUUGUCUUUCAUCAUAUGAAGAAAAAAGGAAACCAUUUGUUAUCAUAUGUACUAAUAGCAUUUUGACCAAGUGCAGCAUGUGCCAGAAGACUGCUACUAUUCAGUAUGAAGUAAAAUACCAGAAUGUGAAUCAUAAUCUUUGCGGUAAUGCCUGCCUUUCAAAGUUUCACUCUGCUAACAACUUCAUCAUGAACUGCUGUGAGAACUGUGGUGCCUACUGUUACACCAGCUCUAGUCUGUCCCACAUACUUCAGGUAGAAGGACAGUCUCAUUACUUUAAUAGUUCAAAGAGUAUUACAGCAUAUAAGCAGAAAGCUGCCAAACCACUUACAUCUGUUCCUUGCAAACCAUUGAAGCCCUCAGAUGAAAUGAUUGAGACUACCAGUGAUUUGGGGAAGACAGCGCUUUUCUGCUCUAUUAAUUGUUUCUCUGCAUACAGUAAAGCUAAGAUGGAAUCUUCUUCAGUAAAUGUUUCCAUGGCACAUGAUACUUCAACAGAGCUUCUUUCUCCAAAGAAAGAUACAACUCCGGUUAUAAGCAAUAUAGUGUCAUUGGCAGACACUCAUGUUACCUUGCCCAUCAUGAACAAUGAUGUCUUACAAGAUACAGUUUCUUCAGUAACAGCAGAUGUCAUUGUGGAUCUUUCUAAGAGUUCACCUAGUAAAUCCAGUAGUGGUACUGCUAGUAAUAGUAUGGAACAGCCAAGUCUCUCACCAUCUUCAUCAGUAUUCAGUCAACAUGCAAUUGGUUCCAGUGUAGAAGUACAAAAAGAUAAAGUGUCAAACCAGGAUCCUGCAUGUAAUAUGAAAUCUAUGAAAAUAAGUGAUGAACCAUGUAACCCAAAAUGUACAUCCAAAGUACAGAAAGUUAAAGGUAAAUCACGAAGUAUUAAAAAAUCUUGUGCAGAUUUUCAGUGUUUGGAAAACAGUAAAAAAGAUGUGACAUUCUGUUAUUCAUGCCAGUUGUUCUGCCAAAAAUAUUUUAGCUGUGAAAGAGAGUCAUUUGCAACCCACGGAACUUCAAAUUGGAAAAAAACUCUGGAAAAAUUCAGAAAGCAUGAAAAAAGUGAAAUGCAUUUGAAGUCAUUGGAAUUUUGGAGAGAAUACCAGUUUUGUGAUGGAGCUAUCAGUGGUGAUUUAUCUAUUCAUUCGAAACAGAUUGAGGGAAAUAAAAAGUACCUAAAGCUUAUAAUUGAAAAUAUUUUAUUUCUUGGAAAGCAGUGUUUACCCUUAAGAGGAAAUGACCUGUCUAUUUCAUCUGUGAAUAAAGGCAAUUUUUUAGAAUUGUUAGAAAUCAGAGCAAAAGAUAAAGGAGAAGAAAUAUUUCGACUUAUGAAUUCACAAGUUGACUUCUAUAAUAGCACACAAAUUCAAAGCGAUAUUAUUGAAAUAAUAAAGACUGAAAUGUUGCAGGAUAUUGUGAAUGAGAUCAAUGACUCCCCAGCGUUUUCAAUAAUAUGUGAUGAGACAACCAAUAGUGCCAUGAAAGAACAGCUGUCAAUUUGUGUAAGAUACCCGCAAAAAUCAUCAAACGCUAUCUUAAUUAAGGAAAGAUUCUUAGGUUUUGUUGAUGCUGAGGAGAUAACUGGGACCCAUUUAUAUAGGACUAUCAUAACUUAUCUGCAGCAAAUUGGGGUUGAUAUGGAUAAAAUACAUGGCCAGGCCUAUGAUAGCACCACUAAUUUGAGGAUAAAAUUUAAUAAAAUUGCAGCAGAAUUCAAGAAAGGAGAACCAAGAGCUUUAUACAUACACUGUUAUGCCCACUUUUUGGAUUUAGCAAUAAUUAGGUUUUGUAAAGAAGUAAAAGAACUCCGAAGUGCUCUAAAAACUCUCAGUUCUUUGUUCAACACUAUUCGUAUGUCUGGGGAAAUGUUGGCAAAUUUUCGAAACAUUUGUAGGCUAAGUCAAAACAAAACAUGCAAGAAACAUAUAUCACAAUCAUGUUGGACAGUCCAUGAUCGUAUAUUACUAUCUGUGAUUGACGGUCUUCCGGAGAUUAUUGAAACAUUGGAAGUUAUAGCAAGCCAUUCUUCAAAUACAAGUUUCGCUGAUGAAUUGAGUGAUUUGCUGACAUUGGUUUCCAAAUUUGAAUUUGUCUUUUGUUUGAAAUUUCUGUAUCGAGUGCUAAGUGUUACAGGAAUUCUUUCCAAAGAGCUUCAAAAUAAAACCAUAGACAUUUUUUCUUUGUCUUCAAAAAUAGAAGCAAUUUUGGAAUGUUUAUCAUCUGAAAGAAAUGAUGUAUAUUUUAAAACAAUCUGGGAUGGAGCAGAGGAGAUAUGUCAAAAAAUAACGUGUAAAGGUUUUAAAGUUGAAAAACCUUCUCUUCAGAAAAGAAGAAAAAUUCAGAAAUCAGUAGAUCUUGGCAAUUCAGAUAAUAUGUUUUUUCCUACUUCAACAGAAGAACAAUAUAAAAUUAAUAUCUAUUACCAAGGAUUAGAUACUGUAUUACAAAAUUUAAAAUUAUGUUUUUCAGAGUUUGAUUAUUGCAAAAUAAAGCAAAUUUCAGAACUCUUAUUUAAAUGGAAUGAACCAUUAAAUGAAACAACAGCAAAACAUAUUCAGGAAUUUUAUAAACUUGAUGAGGACAUUAUCCCAGAACUUAGAUUUUAUCGACAUUAUGCAAAACUCAACUUUGUCAUAGAUAAUAAUUGCAUAAACUUCAUCAGUCUUGGCUAUUUGUUUAUUCAGCAUGGUCUUCACAAUAAUAUUCCUUGCCUCUCAAAGCUAUUAUAUAUUGCUUUGUCUUGGCCAAUUACUUCAGCAAGUACUGAAAACUCAUUUUCUACCCUGCCUCGUCUCAAAACAUAUUUAUGUAAUACCAUGGGACAAGAGAAGCUUACUGGCCCAGCCCUAAUGGCUGUUGAGCAGGAAUUGGUAAAUAAACUAAUGGAGCCUGAAAAACUCGAUGAAAUUGUGGAAAAGUUUAUCAGUCAGAUGAAAGAAAUAUAACACUUGCUCAUUUGAACUUAGACUUGUAUUUCUGUUGGAAUGUUUUUAUUUCAAAAUUGUUCAAAAUUCAAAAACCAUAGAACAAUAUACAGUGAAGUCGCCUUCCCUCCUUUAGAACUCAUUUUCUCUUCCUGAAAAGUGUUAUCUGUUCCCUAAAUAUCCCUCUAGAGAUAUUUUUCCUAAGUGGUAUUAUAUAGUGUACACUGUUCUUCAGCAUGUCUUUUCCAUGUAACAUUUUUGAGAUUGUCUCAUGUCAUUACAUGAAGAGUUUUUUGAUUCUUUGUCUAUAACUGCAGAUUUUGUAUGAAAAAUGUAGGGCCUACCAUAGUAUAUUUGAGUAGUCCCUACUGACAUUUUUUUUUCUAACCUUUGCUAUUAUAAAUAAUGAUUCAUAGGCCGGGCGCGGUGGCUCAAGCCUGUAAUCCCAGCACUCUGGGAGGCCAAGACGGGUGGAUCACAAGGUCAAGCGAUCGAGACCAUCCCGGUCAAUGAGGUGAAACCCCGUCUCUACUAAAAAUACAAAAAAUUAGCUGGGCGUGGUGGCGUGUGCCUGUAAUCCCAGCUACUCAGGAGGCUGAGGUAGGAGAAUUGCCUGAACCCAGGAGGCGGAGGUUGCGGUGAGCCGAGAUCGCGCCAUUGCAUUACAGCCUGGGUAAUGAGCGAAACUCCAUCUCAAAAAAAAAUAAAUAAAUAAAUAAAUAAUGAUUUAUUUUAUAACCUUGUAUGUGGGUCAUAUUGCACCAUGAGUAAGUUACUGUAUGCUGGAAAUCUAACAUUAGAAUUACUGGGUCAAGAUAUGUGCAUUUUUACUUUUGAUAGAUAUUGGCAAGUUGCCAUCUAUAAGGAUUGUGCCAGUUUGCAGCCCCACCCACAAUGCAUGAGAGUGCCUAUUAAAUCUUUAUCAGUGUUAUCAAAUGUUUUGAUCUUUCCCAAUCUGUUAGUUUAAAAAGGGCAUUUUAAUCCCAGUGGUAUUUUUUAUAUUCACUUAAGAAUAAGGUUGGGGACUGAUGGUGGUGGCUCGCACUUUAAAUCUCAGCUCUUUGAGGGCCUACACAGAAAGGAAGGUCACUUGAGGCCACGAGUUCAAGAUCAGACUGGCAACAUAUUAAGACCCCAUCACUACAGUUUUUUUUUAAUUAGCAAGGUGUGGUGGUGCAUACCUGAAGUCCCAGCUACUUGGGAGGCUGAGGCGAGAGGAUUGCUGAAGCCCAGAAAUUGAAGGCUGCAUGAGCCACAAUCUCACCACUAUGCUCCAGAGCCUAGGCAACAGAGUGAGACCUUAUCUCUUUAAAAUAAACAAAAAUAAAGUUGGAUAUCUUUGUUUGA